AUGCCUCCUCAACAAAGCAACAACAUGACUAAACAACAAAAGAUCAACGCUGGCAUUGAGAAGCUUAAGGCAGCACGUGCUGAAGCUGCCGAGAAGAAGGCUCGCGAUGCUGCAAACCCUCCUGCAAAGGCUAACUCAUCCAACGCCGCAACUUUUGUGAAUCAAGCUCCUAAAUCGAGCACUCCCAGCUCCAUUUCAUCUCUUCCACGUAUGAAAAAGCGCCCAGGAAAAUCAACGGUCGAGGUUGCUGAGAAAAAAGCCGCCGAUGAAGCUGCUACUGCCGCCAAAAUCAAGCGCAAGAUGGCAGAGAAGGAAGAUGGAGAGAUUGAUAGCGACGAAGAAGAUAUAGUUUACAAAGGCCGCAUGAACAACGGUAAUCAAAACCGGAAGUUUGCCCCAGUCAAUAAUAAACACAACAAGACCAGUGCUUCAGUCCCAGCUUCUGGCCAUGGGCCAUUAAACAACAAAGGCCAAAAGAUCUUUGGCCGCAAUGAAAUCAAGAAUGAGGCUAAAAACACCACCAAGUUCAAGCCCGAUAUUCCAAAGCUCCCUCCCAGAGCUCAAAGGUCCCAGGACCUCAAGAAAUCUGAAGAGAACAAGCAAUCUUCAGUCAAGCGCAAGUAUUUCGAUACGGACUCUAGUGAGUUUGAAGAAGAAAUCGCUAAGCCUACCAAGAAGCCGAAGACCACAAAGGCAGGCAUGAACUUUGAAAAUGUUUCCACCAAGCGCAAGCAUACUGAGGAGGUAGAAGCAAGUGGUCCUGUAGAGAAACAGAAGAUCACUGGACCAAAUAAAAAAAAUGUUGCUGCUCCUGCAAAGCGCGCCCCUAUCAAGGAGACGAAGGUUCGAAACAACCCCACAAAGAACUCGUUAGGUUUUGGUGGUUCCAAGUCUACCAAGAAGUCAACAGCACCGAAGAAGGAUCCCAUGCAGCCUAGGUCGGUCUCUGAGACGGUGAACGAAAAUGGCGAGAAAUCUACGGAAAACGUCUUGAAAUCUGUUUCCGCGCAAGUUAAACCAAAAGUUGGGGCAUCACAGAGCGAAUCAGCUGCUCCAUCAACAGGAGCACCAUUAAAGCUUCGAUACCUUCCCAAUCUUUCUAUGGAACAGCUUUUCGGUGAAGCACCACCUGCCGCAGCUCAAUCAGUCGAGAGCCCACGAUCAGCCUUUGAUAACAUUUCCAUGGAGGAACUUUUUGGUGAAGCACCAAGUGUGGCAGUUCAGCCAGUUGAGACCCCACGAUCAGCGUUUGAUAACAGCCUCCCACGAUCAGCUUUUGACAAAGUCCCUAUCAAAACUAAAUCUAGUCGUCGUGGCCCAGCUCCUGCUUCAAAAGUCCAAGUUGCAAAAUCAUCUGCUUCGUCUGUAUCCAUGUCUACCACAGCAUCAACUAAAGUGGCACAGCCUAGUCGCCGUAAAGUUGCCCCUGCUUCUCAUGCCGAAGUCGCAAAGCCAUCUACUUCGAUUCAGAAAAUAUUACCAGCUUCCACGAGCACUUCUGAUAGGGCUCGAUCUAGUCGCCGUGGCGUUACUCCUGCUUCCAAGAAUGAAGUUACCAGAAAGAUUCCUUCGUCAAUCCCAUUACCCACCUCCUCAUCAAGUGAAGAGGUACAACCUAAAAGUCGUCGCGCCGUUCCAGCUCCUCAUGUUGAACUCAAGAAGCCAUCUGUUUCGUCAAAACCAUUGAGCGCCAAGACACCAACAGAAGAGGCUAGUAGAUCUACAUCAUUCAGUAUUACACAAUCAGUUUCCACCCCAAGAAAGGUGAUCAAGAAGGGAAACAAGAGUGACGGAGUGGUGCCCAAUCCCAGAUCUUCAGUUGUUGACAAAUCUGAGCCAAAGAAAUUGGAGAUCUCAGAACAGCCAAAGAUUAUGGCUGAAAUUAAUCGUUCUCUUCCAGCAGAUUUGCAAAUUAAGGCUGAGGUGGUAUCAGAGACAAAAAUCAACAAAGAUAUUGUUAGCCUCGAUCCCAAGGCUGAGCCGUCAAGCCAAACACAACGACCAAUGCCACAAUUUCUCCGAUUUCCUGGACUCCCAGAUGCAAAUUCGGAUAAAGGGUCUGUUUUGAAUGACUUUUUUAAAUUUGAAAAUGCCACGGAAACUUUCAAGACUAUUACUCCGAACGCAGAGCUCUCUAACACAGCGAAGGAUAGAGAUGCCAUGGAACUUGAGCUUGAGCGCGAUAUACAAAUCGAACUUCAAAAUUCCUUCCAUGCUGAGCAAUUGCGAACAGCUCUCGAAGAUUUGAUUGUCCUUCGAGCUGAAGAUGGUGAAUCAUCUGAUCAAGAUUUAUCAGAUGACGAUAGCGAUGAAUAUUCUUCCGGAGAUGAAUCUGAUGAAGAGCAAUGUGAAGUUCCUCAGAAGAUCCCUGAGCCAACUGUCUUGCACAAGGGAUAUAAUGGUGUUUUACAAGAGGAACCCUUCUAUGCUAGGGAUCGGGGUUAUGAGAGUAGUAUGUCAGAUGCCGAUGAAGACGAGGAGGAAUAUUACCCACCAUAUUACCUUGAUCUCGCCUAUAAGCUCGCUCACCCGUGUUGGGAAAACUCUAUCUUCAAUAUACCAAUCACCCGCAAACCUGUCUCUAGUGAACCAGCCGUUCCCAAAUCUGUCCUUGAUGAAUUAGAGGCCGAAAUGGAACGUUGUCUUGAAGCUCAAAUGGCUGAGGACGCAGCUGCUGAAGAAGAGUUCUCACCACCGGUCAUUCCUCGCUCUGCCUUCGAUAAUUUCGAAGCAGAAGAUGAUUUUUCCUCUGCUGAGAGACAUCAACAGGAUUACUCGGAGAAAAUCGCACCAGCCCCCAUUGGGUCUUCAGUACUUUCUCUAAAGAGUUCCACCGAUUUUGAGGGUGAUUUCCAUGGGGCGUCCUUCGAAUCCAAUGAGGCUUCAGGUCAGGGGUCUAGACUAACAGAGGAGGACCCAUUCUCCCUGCUAGACACAUCGUUCAAUUUUUCAAACGAGACGCAGAUGCCAGUAGAACAAUACUUGUCCUCUGAAUAUGACGAUUCUGAUUCUACCAAGGAAUCCAGCGAUAUACCAAAAGAGGAAACCCCUCGGUCCGAAUCACCCGAGGUAAGCACUGGGCCAUAUGUUAGUCUAGAAGGUUGCGUUGGUUUGCCUCCACUUGAAGAUUUUCCUGUCGAUUCUGAAGACUCCGAUGACUGCGAUGACUGCGAUGAGUCUAGCGACUCCGAUGUUGAGGAGUCAGAGAUGUCAGAAAGUGAUGAAUCCGAGAUCAUCACCAUGGAUGACACCAUACCAGAAGAGUCCGAUGAAGAUGGUGAUCUCGAAAAGUUAGACGAAGAUGAAAACGCAGAGCUUUACCGAAAGCACAGGGUCCCAGCAGACCUCGCAAAUGUCGAUAUCACAAUGGAGCCAACAGAAUUGCAAUUGCUGAAGGCCAAGACAUCAUGGGAAUUGUUCAACCUUCAAAAAUGGGAGCAGGAGAAUGAAGUCGAAGUUUAUGCAACAUUUGACCGCGAGCUUCUCCUUCGCAACUUGAACGUCUCCAAGAAACGCAUCGCCAAGUACAUGAAGGUGGUGAAAAAAUACGAGAAUCGCACUGUCCCAAAAGCUGAGGCUGUGAUGGAGGACGACAGCAGUGAUGAUUCGGAUGACGAAGAUUGUUGUCAUCCCACCAAUCUUAAUAUACCUCAAAGUCUUGAGUUCAUCGACGUCCCAGACAGGUCCCCUGUCGUCGAUCUUGAUAUUGAGGUUGACAGCAAUGCCCAUCCUUUCGGACCCAUCGAUUGGUAA